CUCUUCCUCUUCUAGACCAUAGAACCAGAACAAUGGCAGGCAAAAGCAUGUUCCGUUACGCUGAUAGCAUCGACAAGUUUUUGAUGUUCUUUGGGACUCUGGGAAGCAUUGGAGAUGGAUUGCAGGUCCCUCUCAUGAUGUACAUUCUCAAGGAUGUGAUCAAUGCUUAUGGAGAUAAAAACAGUGGCUUGACAAAUGAUAUGGUUGACACGUUUGCACUGCGUCUACUUUACACUGCAAUUGGAGUUGGACUUUCAGCCUUCGUGGUCUAUACAGAUGUUUUUCUCAAUUGCCUUCACAAUUUUAAAUUUGCAGAGGGAUUGUGUUGGGCAAGAACGGCAGAGAGACAGACGUCUAGGAUGAGAAUGGAAUAUUUGAAAUCCGUGCUUAGACAAGAAGUUAGCUUCUUUGAUACCCAAACUGGUUCCACAACUCAUGAGGUUGUCUCCCUCAUUUCCUCUGAUGCUAGUUCAAUCCAAGUUGCAUUAUGUGAAAAGAUACCUGAUUGCCUUGCUUACAUGUCAACAUUUUUCUUCUGCCAUGUAUUUGCCUUUAUAGUAUCAUGGAGAUUCACCUUUGCAGUGAUCCCACUCUCAGCCAUGUUCAUUGGUCCAGGGCUCGUGUUUGGCAAAAUUAUGAUGGACCUGAUAAUGAAGAUGAUUGAAUCUUAUGGUGUUGCGGGUGGGAUUGUAGAGCAAGCGGUAUCUUCAAUCAGAACGGUAUAUGCAUAUGUAGGAGAAAAUCAAACACAGGAAAAAUUCAGCCAAGCACUCCAAAAAAGUAUGGAAUUUGGUAUAAAAUCUGGUUUGGUGAAGGGAUUGAUGCUUGGAAGUAUGGGAAUCAUUUAUGCUGGUUGGGGUUUUCAAGCUUGGGUUGGCACUUAUUUGAUUACAGAGAAAGGAGAAAAAGGAGGCAAUAUUUUUAUUGCUGGUUUCAAUGUUCUAAUGGGAGGACUGAGUAUAUUGAGUGCACUUCCUCAUCUAACCUCCAUCACAGAGGCAACAUCUGCAACAACUCGUAUCCUUGAAAUGAUUGAUCGUGUCGCAGAGACAGACAGAGAAGAGAAAAAGGAGAAAGCCCUGUCACAUGUGAAAGGAGAGAUUGAAUUUCAAAAUGUAUAUUUUACCUAUCCAUCAAGGCCAGAUACACCUGUUUUACAAGGUUUCAAUCUGAAGGUUCCAGCAGGGAAGAGAGUAGGGCUGGUGGGAGGAAGUGGAUCUGGCAAGUCUACAGUUAUCUCACUGCUUGAAAGGUUUUAUGAUCCCACUGAUGGAGAAAUACUCUUGGAUGGACAUAAAAUAAAAAGAUUUCAGUUAAAAUGGUUGAGAUCUCAAAUGGGUUUGGUGAAUCAGGAGCCUGUUCUAUUUGCAACUUCAAUAAAAGAGAACAUAAUGUUUGGAAAAGAUGGAGCUUCAAUGGAGCAAGUGAUAAAUGCAGCUAAAGCUGCAAAUGCACAUGACUUCAUCGUUAAGCUGCCAGAAGGUUACGAUACUCAAGUUGGUCAGUUUGGCUUCCAAAUGUCUGGAGGUCAAAAGCAACGGAUUGCUAUUGCAAGAGCUCUUCUUCGGGACCCAAAAAUACUGCUACUUGAUGAAGCAACCAGUGCACUGGAUGCACAAUCGGAACGAAUGGUACAGGAAGCAAUUGAUAAGGCAUCAAAAGGAAGAACGACAAUCACCAUUGCACAUCGUCUAUCAACAAUACAAACGGCACAUCAAAUUGUGGUUCUUAAGGCUGGGGAAGUAAUUGAAUCAGGUUCACACGAUGAGCUGAUGUUGUUAAACAAUGGACAGGGUGGGGAGUAUCUACGGAUGGUGCAGUUGCAACAGAUGGCAGUGCAGAAUGAAACAUUCUAUGAUACCAAUAUUGAAAUGGAUAGAAGAUAUCGCCAUAGGAUGAGUGCUCCCACAAGCCCAAUCAGUGUGAAAUCUGGAGGACAUAAUACUCCAGUAUUAUAUCCCUUCAGCACAGCAAUGUCCAUCUCCAUGGGAACACCGUACUCUUACUCUGUCCAAUUUGAUCCUGACGAUGAAAGCUUUGAAGAAGAUAGAAAGCAUCGAGUUUAUCCUUCUCCUUCCCAGUGGCGUUUGCUGAAAAUGAAUGCACCUGAAUGGAGACGAGCACUGCUUGGAUGUAUAGGUGCUCUAGGCUCAGGAGCAGUUCAACCCAUCAAUGCUUAUUGUGUAGGAGCACUCAUAUCAGUUUAUUUUCGUGCUAAUGAGCCCAACAUUAAGUCUAAAUCUAGAAACUUGUCACUUGUCUUUUUAGGCAUUGGUAUUUUCAACUUCUUAACGAAUAUCCUGCAGCAUUAUAAUUUUUCAAUCAUGGGAGAAAGACUUACCAAGCGGGUGCGUGAGAAGAUACUUGAAAAGCUUAUGACAUUUGAAAUUGGAUGGUUUGAUCAAGAUGAGAACACAAGUGCAGCCAUUUGUGCAAGGUUAUCAACUGAAGCCAACAUGGUUCGUUCCCUUGUUGGAGACAGAAUGUCACUACUGGUUCAAGCAAUUUUUAGUGCAGCCUUUGCGUACAGUGUGGGGCUUGUGCUCUCAUGGAGGUUAACUCUAGUGAUGAUUGCAGUGCAGCCACUAGUCAUUGGUAGUUUCUAUGCGAGAAGUGUGUUGAUGAAGAGCAUGGCUGAGAAAGCCCGAAAAGCACAGAGAGAAGGAAGCCAACUUGCAAGUGAAGCUGUAACAAACCAUAAAACUAUUGUUGCAUUCUCAUCCCAGAAAAAGAUACUCUGGCUCUUUGCUGCCACCCUGAAAUCUCCUAAGAAAGAGAGUGCUAGACAAUCUUGGAUAUCUGCCCUUGGCUUGUUCAGUUCCCAGUUCUUUAACACUGCUUCAACAGCUUUGGCCUACUGGUAUGGUGGGAGGCUAUUGACACAAGAUAUGAUAUCCUCAGAACAUAUCUUUCAAGCAUUCUUGAUAUUGCUAUUCACUGCAUACAUCAUAGCAGACGCCGGAAGUAUGACUUCUGAUAUAUCUAGAGGAAGCAAUGCUGUUGGAUCAGUUAUUGCAAUCCUAGACAGGAAGACUGAAAUUGAUCCAGAGAACAAAUCAGGGAGAGAUCACAAAAGACGGAUGAAGGGAAAAGUGGAGCUCAGGAGUAUUUGCUUCUCAUAUCCAACUAGACCAGAACAGAUGAUUUUAAGGGGGCUGAGUCUUAAAAUUGAUGCAGGAAAAACAGUUGCUCUGGUGGGGCAGAGUGGUUCUGGAAAAUCUACUAUUAUUGGACUUAUUGAAAGGUUCUAUGAUCCCUCAACGGGAUCUAUACAUAUUGAUGAACUCGACAUUAAGAACUACAAUUUGAGAUGGUUAAGGUCACAAAUUGCAUUAGUCAGUCAAGAGCCAACUCUUUUUGCUGGAACUAUUCGAGAAAACAUUGCCUAUGGAAAAGAGAAGGCAGGGGAAUCAGAGAUCAGAGAAGCAGCUGUUCUGGCCAAUGCCCAUGAAUUUAUAAGUGGAAUGAAAGAUGAGUACGAUACAUACUGUGGAGAGAGAGGAGCACAGCUAUCAGGAGGGCAAAAGCAAAGAAUCGCACUGGCUCGAGCAAUCCUGAAGAACCCAUCAAUCCUGCUGCUAGAUGAAGCAACAAGCGCACUGGACAGUGUAUCAGAGAAUUUGGUGCAGGAAGCCCUGGAGAAGAUGAUGGUUGGCAGAACUUGCAUAAUCGUAGCUCACCGAUUAUCGACGAUUCAGAAGGCGAACACCAUUGCGGUGAUCAAGAACGGGAAAGUCGUGGAACAAGGAUCGCACAGUGAGCUGAUUUCAAUGGGGCAACGUGGAGAGUACUAUUCUUUGACAAAAUCGCAGGCCACAUUGAAUCUUUGAGAAUGCAUAUUGGGGUUUUGGGGUUUUAGGGUUUAAAUUUGUUGCAAUUCCAAGUUUGUUUCUGUGGGAUGGAAGAGGGAAUGGCAUCUUUUUUGUGAAUAUGAUGAUGUGGAGAAGGAACCCACAUGAACUUAGGAAUUUAAUUGGACUAUGCUACAAACUUUAUGUCAUAAAUUAUACUCAUUUGGGCGAUGGAAUUUAUAAUUUUUCUUUUAGAAAAAA